AUGGAUAACCAUGUGGUCGGCGUCCUGGGUGGCGGGCAGCUCGGCCGCAUGCUGGUAGAAGCGGCCAGCAGACUGAACAUCCAGGUGGCCAUCCUCGACAGCGACAACGCCCCUGCAAAGCAAAUCAAUGCCGCCGCAUCUGAUAAGCAUGUCACCGGGUCUUUCGCAAAAGCCUCGGACGUCAAACAGCUGGCGUCCAGAUGUGACGUCCUCACAUACGAGAUCGAGCACGUCGACACCAAAAUCCUCGAGGAGCUGGAGGAGGAGAAGCCCUUUCUCGACGGCUCGAAGUGGUCGAGGAUCCAGCCUAGUUGGAAGACGGUAAGAACGAUUCAAGACAAGUUUGUGCAGAAACAGCACUUGGCCAAGUUCGGCAUCCCUACGGCCAAAUCCAUUGCGGUUGGGACAUCGCAUCCCCAGGGCUUGAAGGAGACUGCCGACCAGCUCGGAUAUCCCCUGAUGCUGAAAUCCCGCACCGAAGCUUACGAUGGAAGAGGCAACUAUCCGGUCAGGUCAGUGUCUGACAUCGAGCCUGCCUUGAAAGCUUUGGAGAACCGUCCUCUAUACGCCGAGAAAUGGGCGAACUUCCAAAUGGAGCUGGCGGUCAUGGUGGUCAAGACGGCUCAGGAAGAUUCCAUCGACGCCUGGGAGUCGAGAACCUUGGCGUAUCCCACAGUUGAGACCAUCCACGAGGAUAGCAUAUGCAAACUUGUGUACGUGCCUGCUCGCGGCGUGUCAAAGAAAGUGGCUCGGGCUGCCCAAGACCUUGCUAGACGUGCCGUGGCAUCUUUUCCCGGUACUGGGGUUUUCGGCGUCGAGUUGUUCCUUCUGCAGGACGACAACUUGGUCGUCAACGAGAUUGCCCCACGGCCACACAAUUCAGGCCACUACACAAUCGAAGCGUGUCACAUGUCUCAAUACGAGGCCCAAAUCCGAGCAAUCCUGCCGGACCUAGCACCCACAAUCCGUCCAGGGGCAACUGACUUGGCCGUGCCCGCAGCCGUCAUGCUGAACAUCCUCGGCGGUCCGCAGCCGGACUCACACCUGCUCGUCGCGAAAGCUGCACUCAGCAUCCCAGGAGCGAAGAUCCAUUUGUACGGGAAAGGCGCUGGACGGCCUGGCCGCAAGAUGGGCCACAUCACCAUCCUCGGUUCGAGCGUGUCCGAGUGCGAGACGAAAAUCCACCCUCUCAUCCAGAUGGUUGACGCUGUUCGUGCUCACCGCACUGAUUCAUCACCCGCAUCUGCCGCCUCAAUAGCUGCCACUGCCGCAGACCUGGAGAAGAAAAACCCUCCACCCACUCCCCGACCGGUUGUUGCAGUCGUCAUGGGCUCCGACACCGACCUUGCAACGCUCAGGCCGGGCCUCACCAUCCUAGACACCAUGGACAUCCCUUACGAAGUCCACAUCACUUCGGCGCAUCGUACCCCGCAGUACAUGCUCGACUUUGGCAAAUCCGCCGCCGCUCGCGGCCUCAAAGCCAUCAUUGCCGCGGCCGGGGGCGCAGCACAUCUUCCCGGCAUGAUGGCUUCUGAGACCCCAGUCCCUGUGAUCGGUGUCCCCGUCAAGGCCAGCAGCCUCGACGGACUUGACAGCUUGCUUAGCAUUGUACAGAUGCCUCGCGGGGUCCCCGUCGCCACGGUGGGCAUCGGCAAUAGUACCAAUGCUGCUAUCUUGGCGGCACGGAUUGUAGGGACCAGCGAAGCAAAGGUUCAGGAAUGGGUAGCAACGCAUCUGCAGACAAUGGACGAUGAGAAUAUGGAGAAAGAGCACCGGCUCCAACGUGAAGGGUGGAAGAUUUACAAGAAACUGGAUUCUUGA